GGCAACUUCUGUCUCUACCUCCUCGCCGUCUUCCUGCCUUUCGUAUCCGUUGCGAUCAAAGCGGGUUGCGGAGCGGAUUUGUUGAUCAACAUCCUACUCUGCUGCCUCGGAUGGCUGCCGGGGGUGAUUCAUGCGUGGUAUGUGAUUGCCAAGGUGCAGAAGGAGGAG